GGGGAGGCUGGUUUCACUGAUGUGUUGUGUGAGAGAAGGCAGAUGAAACUCAAACUCCCUCAGCAUUCAGCGGGCGUUUCCUGAAGGCUGAGCGUCUUGCAAAUCCGUGAAAUACUCCUGUAAGGAGCGAGGAAGAGUUACAAAAGCUUUGUGCUGCAGCUUUGACUGCUUUGGUAAGGUAGAGGAUCUCACACAGAUAACCCUGUUAAGUUUGUCCAGGAAGCUAACAUCAUGCCGAAAAAAUCAAGUCGCCCUCACGCAUAUGGCGAAAGACGUCACCAUCGAUCCUCCCAUCGCACAGCUUCUUACCACCCUGAUGAAAUGCUUCACUUUUACCGCUGGACGUCCCCCCCGGGUGUCAUGAAGAUUUUGUGCAUCAUCAUCAUCAUUUUGUGUGUGGCUAUGUUUGCCUGCGUAGCCUCCACACUGGCAUGGGACUAUGAUGCCAGUGCCAUGGGCCUAGGGGGCCUUGGGGGUAUUGGAGGGGGCUAUGGAGGGAGCUAUGGAGGCAGCUAUGGAGGUGGAGCAUAUGGCGGUGGGGCUGGUGGAUAUGGAGGGAGUCUCGGAGGCUAUGGAGGCUACGGUUAUGGAGGCACGUACAUGGAUCCAAAAACAGGCAAGGGCUUCAUCAUCGCGAUUGCGGCAAUCACCUUUAUCGCUGUGCUCAUCAUCUUCAUCCUGGCGGUGUCGAGGCAGAGCGCUUCACAGUCUCCCGCAUUCUAUCUGGCCUCCAUCAUUAUUUGCGCAAUCCUGGCUGCACUCAUGCUCAUCGCCACCAUCGUGUACCUGGUCGCUGUUAACCCCACUGCUCAGACGUCUGGAUCCAUGAUGUACAAUCAAAUCUUGCAGCUGUGUGCGCAAUACAAGAACCAAGAUCAGGCCUCUGGCAUUUUCAUCAAUCAGUAUUUAUACCACUACUGUGUAGUUGAGCCUGAAGAGGCCAUUGCCGUCGUUCUUGGGUUUCUGGUUGUGGUCGGAUUGAUCAUCUUACUUGUGUUCGCGGUGAAGACCCGAGGGCAGAUCAGGAGAUACGGCAGGGAGCGCGUUCUGUGGUAUGACGUGAAGACCAUCACCGACGGCCUCACGUCUCAAGGCAUCGGGGAAUGGGUUAAUAAUGUGUCUGGAGAUCCAGAAGCUUUUGUCAAUGACCACAAUGACCCAGUCAGUGUUAAACAGCCAAUGGUUCUUAGCCAGAAACCAAUUUAUCUUCCAAGCGGUUCUGACUUGUCAAGCUCUAUAAGUGGACUGAAGCGCAACCUAAGAGACUAUGACACUGGAGAGUCUGGAGAUGAGCUGGACACUGACUAUGGAAGUGAGUAUCCUCCCAUCAUUAAUGAGCAGGAGAGGCUUGAGUACAAGAAAGAGUUUGACAGAGACCACAUGGAGUACAAACGUCUUCAGGCUGAGCUAGAUGAUAUUAAUCAGGGCUUGGCAGACACAGAUCGAGAGCUGGACAGCUUACAGGAAGGCAGUCCGCAGUAUAUGGAUGCCAUGGAUGUAUACAACAGGCUCAAAAGUUUGAAGAAGUCUGCAGAUUAUCAGAUGAAAAAGAAAAGGUGUAAACAGCUGAAGUCAAAACUGUCCUUGAUCAAAAGACGGGUCAGCGACUAUGACCGCAGACAGUAAAAACUGGCACUGGAAACUCAGGAGGGUAUAUUGUGUCACAUGAUGUUUUGUUCUGGGACUUUACUGUAUCUGUAUUUCUGUAUUAAAAAUCUGUAUCACCGUAUUAUCAUCAAGAACUGUAUGGCUGCUUUAUGACAGGUUUUUGCCUUUGAGCCAAACUAAGCUUGAUCAAAAUAUUGUGGUAUCAAUGAAGUAUUUUUUAAGCUAAAUGAAGUCUUCUUUUAACCUUUUAUCUUUUGCUGCAUGAGCAAGACUGUGACCACUUUUUGUUUUCAUUUUAGGGAUAUUCAAGCAAAGACUUUAUAAUGUUGUUUGUUAUAGUGAUGUCUUACUGCAUUUUCAUUUUUACUUUCAUUUUUUAAAACUUGUUGAUUAAUCUGUCACCAGAAUAGCCAUCUAUUAUCUGAUGUUUUUUUAAUUUAACAUAAAUGAUUCACAUUUAUAGAAUAGUUGUGUAAUUUGUCGCUUUCAAUCAAUUCUAUCAAAUUCAUAAAGAAUUGAAUGUUUAACGUUUUAAUGUGGCAAGCAAAUUGUAUUGAAUGUACAGUACGUUUUUUUGCUUAUUUGUGUACAUAGUAAA